UAUUUAACAAACUAUUUAUGAAAACAAUGAUUUUUAUUGACACAGAUAUAAAUUGGAACAAACACGAACGAUCCAAAGUCUACAAUCUCAGAAACAAUAUAAAUCACCAUUCUCCUGGUACAAUGUAGUAGCAGGCAUGUUGGCGAAGGUGAUUGAUGAUGAAGAAAGGCAGAGCUGUCAACUUCAUGAACAAGAAAUGACUUCUGCUGUUAGAUCCUUGAGCAGUGAUAGCAUAAAAACUUCACAGGAGAGAAAAAGAGUGAGCCCAGAAGCAAAAUAUGUGGAAAUUCACCCAUGUAAUAACACCACUGGCGGUCGGAUGAUUUCAAAGAGGAGCAAAUCGCAGGAAAAACCAUUUUGUCUGGAUGGGAAACGUAAUUCAACGGGGGAGACGAUAAUAAAGGAAAAAAGGGAGAAAAGAGUAAAAUAUGUUCCUUGUCCAUCCUUUAGACCAAAGAAAAAUGAUUCGAGGGAUCAAGAAAUAGAUGAACUUUUGUACUACAAACCCACCAGAGAUGUAGAAUCUCAAGAGAUAGAAGAAUAUCUUCCAGCUAUUCCAAAUACUUCCAUGGAUACCAGAUUUAACUGUGAUUUUCCUUUAACGAAAGAAAACGAUAAUAGUUAUGAAUUACCAUUUUUAAAAUGUCCACUGUGUGGUUGGGAAGAUGUGAAACAUGAGCAAAUUGAUUGUAACAAAAACGAGAGAAGAAAUUAUAUUUCUUGUUCGGAAUACAAUAAAAAUCUUUCUGAUGGAUACAGUCCGUGUGCCGGAUGUGACAGAGUCACGCGUGAUAAUUUACCUUUCCGAUCUAUGGGAAUUACUGAUCUAUCAGAAUAUUUAAAAAAGUAUGUGAAGAACUCCGAGGAUUUGGAAUUUCUACAGACAUUAUCAAGACAUGCAUCUUUUGCAUCUUUGAUAACAAGACAUCCAUCUGUUGUAACUUUAAUAACAGGACUCUCUGCAAGGGCAUCAAUUACUUCCGCCGUGAAAUCUAUUCAAAUUACGAAGAAAUCUGCUCAUACAGAAGUAGAACAAAGCGAAGAUCCAAAAAGGAUUUUAAAAAAUAAUAUUCCAGCAUCCAUAUCGGUUCAAACGCAAGUUCUACAGGUCGACCCUGUAGUAACAGGUAAAUUACAGUUGGGUACCAUAGAAGCUUCUACCCAACUAGUUCUGCCAGAUCUGGAUAAACAUUCAAAACCAAUUGAAUUCGUACCAAAAGAUGUUUCUCAAGAUACGAAGAAGGAACAAGAUACAGAAUCAGAACCACUUGCAAUUGAAACGCGAUUUUCUAUUGGUAGGAAAAAACGUGAAAUAGGUGUCAACGCAAUGGAUUCUUUUGACAAAGCAGUGCAAAAUACAGUUUGUAUAUCAAUUCAAACUACAGAUGAUAUUGACCAAAAAGGAAAAGAGCAAGAUAAAUAUUAUAAGACUGAUACGAUAGAGAUGAAGGAAGUAGCAAUAAAUGUGGUAGAUCAAGCUUCGAAAGGAAUACAGAGUAGCAUCUGUGUAUCACGAGGAAAUUUAGCCUACCGUAUGUCUUUUGAAAAGAUGGUAGAAUUUGGUACUACCAUGUCCUUGCAUCAAGUGCGUAGCGUCGGCUGCGUAACAGCGGAAAAGAUCAAAGAAUUCAAAUCGAAUUUCGUACAAUGCGUUUCUAAAGAAAAAUUUCCUUUGGCUCGAUCCAAGUCUGAUGAUUCUAUGAAACGUUGUGCUCAUCAAGAUACGGAAUUGAAACGUUUUGUGGAAAAAGAACCACAAGAAUUUGAGGAUUCGUGUACAACAGAUACGUGUCCAUUGAAUAUACUACAUCUCAGUAGAGAUCCCACCAUGCUCUCAGUUUUACAACAACUUUUGCAGAAAAUAUUAUUUAUACACGAACAAAAAAUGCAAGACAAAUAUAAAUAUCGCCUAAAAGAAAAUUGUUUCAUCGACAUGGACAAAAUGGUGACAGCAAUCAAAGAAUAUAUAAUGAUGCUAGAGCCAAGUAUUAUCAGAGAUGAUGUGAAAGAAUUUCAUGAAAAGGUUGAUAAAAAGUCAUCUUUGACAGAAGUUCGAAGACGACCAAGUUUGAAGGAAAUUGGCACGUUUACCAUGUGUAAUGAUAAAUUAACCAUGACUGAAGAAGAUAUUUUCGAAUUAAUAUUGCAAUCCACAUUCACGAAAAUGGAUAAAAGACAAGGAACCAUGGAAGACAAUAUAUUGCUAUUAGAGAAAAUGAAGAGAAAAUAUCCAAUGAUAGACAAAGAAGUUUGUACUCAUUUGAAUUGUAAAGAUGUUGGUAUCAGUGGAUCGUUGAUGCAGCUGUGCAAUCGCGACAUAGAAGUUCAAGGUGAUGCUCGAUUGUUCAAGGACUCUGUAUGUGUCGCAAAGUAUGAAGAUAUAACAGAAAGAGUAAGCGUGGGUACCCAGAAACGAGAUCCGAUACUGGUUCGAGUGAUCAAGUGCAAUGAAAGUCAGGCGGUAGUAAGGUCGGAUAAAGAAACGUUAACUAUGAAAAAGGACGUACAUUUUGAAAAGAAAUGUAUAAGCAAACGUGUAGAAACAUGCGGUCGACCGACUUGCAUUCCGUCCACUGUUUGCAAAAUAACAAACGAAGCCAAUUUAAAAUCUACUCUUCGUAAAGAGCGCGAAAAUGAAAUGAUCGAUAGUUAUGAUAUAUGCGAUAUAAAUUGUAAAGGAAAAAUAUCUUAUGACUGGACUGAUGUAACAAAUGAUGUACUUUCAAAUGUUACUAAUUCGAAAAUUCCGAUAUGCAUGAGACCACUACAAAAAUAUACAUACGCUAGGAGCAAAUAAUUAAACAUUAGGAUUAAUAUAACAUAUAAAAUACAUAAAUAAAUCCUGUGAUAAAAA